AUGUAUGAUUUAAUUAGUCAGGAAAGGCUCGACAAAGCCGCCGAAGAGAUGCGGAGAGAAACUGGUGGUGAAAUCCUCGCGAUUGCUUCCGAUGUCCGUAAACCAGAGGAAAUCAUAAAAGUCAUCGAUGCUGCAAUUGAAAAGUUUGGAAAGAUUGACAUCCUGGUGAACGGUGCCGCCGGAAAUUUUUUAUCACCUGUGGAAACAUUAUCCUACCGAGGAUUUCGAACAGUGAUCGAAAUUGAUUUGCUUGGUACCUACAAUACCACCAGAGCGGCUUUUCCCUAUCUGAAGGAAUCGAAGGGCGUGGUAAUUAAUGUCUCGGCCAACCUUCAUUAUCAAGGUAUGAUUAAGGAAUCAAGCGACGCGAUUUUCAAUCAAAAAAUAUUUACCGACAUGCUACAACACUUUAGUCCCACGUAUCUGCGGCAAAAGCAGGUGCUUGCGGUGGAGUGGGGACCGCAUCAGAUCCGGGUGAAUUGUAUCGCGCCCGGUCCAAUUGAAGAUACUGUAGGUAUUAGCAAGUUGGCGACACAAGCACAUAUUGCCGAAGGGAUGAGAAGUAUUCCACUUCAGAGAUGGAGAUUGACAGAAAAAAUUGACAUCACGAAGAAUACGGGUAACGUUGUGUGGGAUGGGGCAUAUAUACUCAGUAAGUACAUAGUUGACCAUGUUGAAAGGCGGGAUCAAAAUCAAGUCAGGUUCUUGGAAUUAGGUUCAGGUUGUGGACUCGUGGGGUUGGCUGCCUGGAUCAAAGGAGGACAUGUGGUAUGCUCGGGAACAAAGACGAAUAUCGAACAUACCCGAAUGAAUGUGGAAAAGAAUGUUGAAUUAGUGUUGAGCCAGCAACAACAGCGACGAAUGGAGUCACAGGCUAAUGUCUUGGAAACAGCAAGGAGAAUGCGAGACACAAUGAUGCAAUUACGAAAAGAGGAUAUUGGUGUACAUGUAUUAGAUUGGUAG